AUUUAUCCAACGGGUCGGGGCUUCCAUUGAAUGCGAAGGUUGGUUCGGCGGUUGGGUCUACCGCUCUUCGCGGUGAACUGAGGGGAGCGGUUCGCGUCCAGCGGCCUGUUCGACAGCGGAGGCCUUUCGAGGGCUGAUCGGGCACCCGUGGUUCCGCGAGCCCCAUCCCCGCCUCCUCAUGACUGACGGCCGCUGCCUCUGCAAUGGCUCAACAGGCCUUUGAGCCAAGGUUCAACGAGCGACUACCAUUGCAAACGAUUCGACACCGGCUUUCCCGUGAGGUGUCGACAGCGCUGCUGCGGAGGAUGGCGUUCAACAUCAUCUCCCAGGUGACGGACUACCUGUACCUGAGCGGGUUCCGCGCCAUCACGCUCAGCGCAGUGCGCACCAUCGGCAUAACGACCAUCAUCAACUGCAGCACCGACCUCCCCGACAUGCCGAUAGGUGCGGACAACAUCGAGUUCCUGCGCGUGCGCGUGGACGAUUCGCCCUACUUCGACAUGUCCGUCUACUUUGACCCGAUGUCGGAGCACAUCCACAACGUGCACAUGCGCGGCGGCCGCGUGCUCGUGCACUGCAUGGCAGGAGCCUCGCGCUCGCCCACGCUCUGCCUGGCCUACCUCAUGAAGUACCACCGCAUGCGGCUGCGCGACGCGUUCCGCUACCUCAAGUCACGGCGCCCCGUGGUGCACCCCAACAACGGCUUCUUCCGACAGCUUAUCGACUACGAGAUCCAGCUGUUCGGCAACUCGAGCGUCGAGAUGGUCGAGAUGCCCAACCUGGGCCCCGCGUACGGACUCAUCCCGGACAUCUACCUCGAGGAGUGCAAGGGCCUCAUCUGGCUGCACAGCAUCAAGGGCCUCGGCCAGUAGGGGCCCCUGCAGAAACCGGUGCCGCUGCCUGGAACAACUCACCUUGUGGAACGUACAAGCCUGUUGCGGUGAUCACUGUCUGGACAGUAAAACCAGGAUGGUCUUCUCUCGUUUAGCCGUCUAAUGGCACAGCGAGACGCACGCGUCAUUGAAACAGAAGCAGCAACUUGUUUGGACAAAUAUUUUACCCCUUGGUCGGCACAUUCAGUUGUUUCUGGACUGCAGUGCAAAAACCACAGUAGUCGAGGCAUUGAUGUAAAAACAAGAUUGCUGGCACCAGCUUUGGCAGCCAUAUUUUUUUGUCUCAAGAGCUGUGUUUCUGAAUGCAAGUGCACUUUCUUCGUUCACGCCAUUAUCAGCGCUACACAUAACCAAAACAUUACGAUGAUCUUUAAAUUUCAGUACUCCAAAUACUGUGGCAAGUGCAAUAGCUUUUCCACAGCAUAACUUUGCAGUAUGGUAGCUGUAAUAUGAGCAAAAUGCUAUUCUUAGGGCAACAAGUCAAUUCUUCCAUAGCUGAAACCGUUGACCAAGAAAUCAGUGGAUCAGACCGUAUGUAAAAUAUGCAAUUCCACAGAAUGAACAGGCCUGUCAAAAUUUUCAUAGAACAUAUCGGCAACCUUUAUUCAGUUAUGUUUGAUUGCACAACACUAAACCAUGUGACCAUUGUGGAGAAAGCUGGCUUCUGAAGCCUGUGACCAUUACUUCCAACAUGUGCUCUUGCAGUUGCUGUGCAGCAGUUGCAUAAAAUGUGUUUGAUCAGAGAGGCUUGUCAUGAAAAUAGUGCAACCAUAGCAACGUGACGUCUACGAGGAUUGAGAAAAACUGUGCCAUACUGCACGAAUGUCCUUGUAUGAUGUGUGCUGGCCAGUACAGUGGCAGUGCUUUGGCAUUGUUGUCACAGCUCAGUUGUGUCUCGGUGGUGUAGAGCCACAGCACCAAGAUUAACAGUUGCAGGUCACACAAAUAUACAUUGCAUUCUGCAAAAUUUUUGGGCCCUCUCUCUUUUGUUGGCUCUGCUUGUAAGGAGACCACUAAGGGGCCAGUCAGGAUAUUUCUUGUGACCUGCAGGUCUUGUGCCUUCUUUUUGUGAGGAGUUUCCUGAGUGGUCACUUGACCGAGUGGUUAUGCAAGCCAACGAAGAAAGAAAUCUCCCGGAUGAGCAAUCUCCAUGUUCUGAGAGACUAAAUCAUGUUGAUAGAACUGCUUCCAGCAGGGGUUGACAAAACGCUCAAUCACAUCCCGGCAGCACUGGUGAAUGGUGCAUUCAGCCGAAGAUGUGCUGCUUGAAGAAAUCCAGCCUCGCUGUGAUUGUGGGAACUAUGCAAUACCCGUUGCACACAACAACAUGCAUACUCUUCCCUUUUCCUAGUCAUCUUCCUAUUCUUUCAAAGGAAAAUCCUGUGAUAUGAAAACCAUUCCCACUAAAACUUUGCUUGUACAGUAGCACUGAAGUCUCGGUGAUGUACUCAACCUUCAGCAUCUCUCUGCUCUUGUGUAUUUCAGUGCGCUGCCAAUGGAGCAGAAUCUCUCGGAACAUACUUGACAGAUACGAUGGCAUUUGCUUGAAGGACUGACAAGCCAGAGCACAUGUUGUUGAGAGCAUCUGUUCCUUCAUCUUGGAUAUUAAAAUUUGUGUUGUUGAA